CUUUGCUCAUUUGUUCAAUUGCCUUUUCUUCGUUUUCAAACUCCAUUAUGUAUUUGGUUGUGAAUCCGAUAAAACCCAAAUUGAAAGAUCCCUUGAAUAAAGUGAUUAUUGCUCUUUCAUUAGUCAAAACUUCUCGUUUUGACAGUUCCAACUAUGAGUGCACCUAGUAGGUUGUCGACACCUUUAAGGUCACCUUGUUCAUCGCCAAACUCGACAUCAAAACGUGAGCGUUCCUAUUCCCCUCGCUCAACGACAGGAACACCACAAACUCGCUCUUCCUCUAGCUCUCAACGCUCUUACUCACCUCGCUCUCGCUCGAGGUCACGAUCUUACUCGCCUCACCAUCAUCGACGAAGGUCGCCAUAUUCACGCUCCCGUUCAAGAUCAUAUUCUCCUUCAUUUCGUUAUAAUAGUCAAAGAAGUAGGUCUAAAAGCCGAGGAUACCGACGAUAUUAUUCCCGAUCGCCACCACCAGGCCCACCACCUCAUCACCAUCAUCGUUUGCGAAGAUCACCUCCUCCACGAAGAUUCAGAUCAAGAUCUCCACCACCGUCAGUACUACCAUAUAGGCGCAGCAGACCUCCACUACCCCCCGCUACCAAAAAAGAUUGUAGGGUUUACGUUGGUAACUUACCGUUUGACGUAUCAUGGCCUCAACUGAAAGAUUUUAUGAAAGAAGGUAACGAAAUCUACUAGUAUGGUGUUGCGAAGUCACUAAUCAUUCUUUCUGAUUGUAUGAAUAAUGGUGGUUCUCUUCGCUUUUUUUGCAGCUGGGCCUGUGGUUCAUGUUGAUGUAUUAAAAUCGUUCAGUGGUAGGCCAAAAGGCUGCGGGUAAAUAGUCCAAUAAAGCAACUCUGAUCUUUUCUAUUUCUAUUAUUAUCAUUUCUUAAUUGUUAAUGUAUCAGUAUUUUUCUAGUGUUGUAGAAUAUCAAUACCCGGAGGAUGCUAGAAGGGCUAUACGUACAUUGAAUCAAGUGGAA